UGUUCGUUCAGUUCAUGUUCCGAUCAUCCGAUUAUCUUAUGUUCUUGUUCUAAUAUGUGUGACGUAUGCGUCAUCUGCCUUAACAUCGUUUUGUCGGUUUUGUCUUUACUGUUUACGCCUUAAUUAAUUGCAUUAUUUUCGAGUUAUGCGGAAUAAAUGCUCAAGUUUCUAGUCUUCAGUAUAAAAGCAUUGAUAAAAGUUUUGGACGGAAAGAAAAUCUUAUUGAGGUUUUAUAGUACUUAAUUUAACUAUACAUAAUUUAUGAAACAUUUGGGUUGAAGAUUAAUGGUUUGUAUAUGAGUACGUAAAUAACGCAAUCCUAUAAAGUGACUAAUGACUAAAACGGAAUCACGAUUAUUAUAAGUAAUCUUUAUAAAAUGGGAAGUUAAUUUUUCGUUAGUCAUUUACACAAGAUUGUUCACAUAAAAUUUAGGAUAUGGAAGAUGCAAGUGGAAGAAGACAAGCUACCAGGGUAUUUAAAAAGAGUUCACCAAAUGGAAAAAUAACAGUAUAUCUUGGAAAAAGAGAUUUUGUUGAUCACAUUACACAUGUCGAUCCAAUAGAUGGUGUUGUAUUAAUCGAUCCUGAUUAUGUUAAAGAUCGUAAGGUUUUUGGGCAUGUUCUUGCUGCAUUUAGGUAUGGAAGAGAAGACUUGGAUGUUUUGGGUUUAACUUUUAGAAAAGACUUGUAUUUAGCAUCUGAACAGAUAUAUCCUCAAGAAGCUAUUGUUAGUAAACGACCUUUAACAAGAUUACAGGAGAGAUUAAUUAAAAAACUGGGCCCAAAUGCAUAUCCCUUCUAUUUUGAACUUCCACCCCACUGCCCAGCUUCUGUUACUCUGCAACCAGCACCUGGAGAUAAUGGAAAACCUUGUGGUGUAGAUUAUGAACUUAAAGCAUUUGUUGGAGAAUCACAAGAUGAUAAACCACAUAAAAGAAAUUCUGUCAGAUUAGCUAUUAGAAAGAUAAUGUAUGCUCCUAGUAAGCAAGGAGAACAACCGUCCAUUGAAGUAAGUAAAGAAUUUAUGAUGAGUCCUAAUAAAUUGCAUUUGGAAGCAUCUCUUGAUAAAGAAUUAUAUCACCAUGGUGAGAGUAUUGCAGUUAAUGUGCAUAUAGCUAACAACUCAAAUAGAUCCGUUAAGAAGAUCAAAGUGUCAGUAAGACAAUUUGCUGACAUUUGCCUUUUUUCUACAGCACAGUAUAAAUGUACAGUUGCUGAAAUUGACAGCGAAGAGGGAUGCCCUGUUGGACCUGGAUUCACUUUAAGUAAAGUUUAUACUUUGACUCCUCUUUUAGCAAAUAAUAAGCAUAAAUGGGGAUUAGCUCUUGACGGUCAACUUAAACAUGAAGAUACAAAUUUAGCUUCAAGCACCUUAGUUGCAGAUCCUACACAGCGUGAAAACCUGGGAAUAAUUGUGCAGUACAAAGUCAAAGUUAAACUUGGCUUAGGUCCUUUGGGAGGAGAUUUGGUGGCAGAGUUACCAUUUAUAUUAAUGCAUCCCAAACCAGAAGAGGAAUCAUCAGUAUUGAAUGCAUCUCCAACUUCCCAGGGAAAUAACGAGGAUGGAAAUGUUCCAGUGGACACUAAUCUUAUACAGUUGGACACAGAAGGGGAUAAUCCAGAUCAUGAAGAUGAUAUAAUAUUUGAAGAUUUUGCUAGAUUAAGACUUAAAGGGGGAGAAACAGAGGCUUGAAAAUGUUGCCCUUUUAAAUAUAUGAUUACAACAUUGUACGUCUGUGUAUGCAUAGUACUGUUAGGUCUCAUCCUAAUGUUGUGCCCUAGUCAUUGUCACAGGCCGAAGUGCAACACUUGUGUGUCUUUAAACAAUAUAUUAAUUUCAGUUUUACCUAAUGUGUGUACAUAUAUUUUAAAUGUGCAUUACUGAAUUAUUAAUUUACUGUAUUUAUUUAUCAAUCCCAUAAAUUUAUUAUGUCUUCGUGAUAUUUAACUAAUAUUACAGUUGACAAAUAGUCCAAAAGCCAUGCUAUUUAUCAGUAAAACUUUUUUUUUAUUUAAAUUUGUUUGUUUUAGUACACUCUAAUAAUAUUUAAAAAUUUUCAAUACACAAUAUGUUUGUCUUGGUAGCCUUUUUUAUUUAUUUUUUACAAAAAAAAAUCUUAAAAAUAAUUGCUGAAAAAAAUGUUUUUAAUUUUUUUGAAAAACACAACGGUUUGGUAUAUAUGAAAAGUAUUUAAUUCUAGAUCAAUUUGAGAAAUUGUAGUACUCUAGUCUUAAACAUAAUAAUGUCAAUGAUUAUCCGUUUGAUAAUAAAUAUAUAAAACAAUUCAAUGUUUGCACAUUUGAAGUAUUUCGUUAAUUUACAUGUUUUAAUCAUUUCCACACAUUUCAUUAACAAAUAUUGGUGUAGUAAUAGUGUUACGUGUACCAUAUGCUUUAGUGAAAUUAUAUCUUGCACAAAUUUUAUUCAUUUAUAUGUACAUGCUAAUAAGUAUUAAUUGAUGCAUUUUUGGUGGUUUUAAAAUGAAAAGAAAUAAUUUUUUAUCGUAUCAACAGUAAUUUAAACUUAUGAUCUAUAUAAAUGUUGGCAACUUUAAAUGUCGUCCUUUACCUGUUUUAUUGAACUCUGAAAGAGUUUUUAAUGUAGUGCGAUUGAAAUUUAUAUGUUGUUUAUAUUAUGUAUUAACAUUAAUUGUGAAAAAAAAAAUAAUUGCAGUGUAAACAUAUUACACCUAUAUUAGAGAUAUACGAAUGGAGCACGCGACUUAUAAAUUGAACAUUGACAUAUGUAAUACAUAGGUUGAUGUAUAAGUGACUACAUUAAAUCUUUAUUAGUAAGAAAAAGAGAAUGGAUUGGUUUACUGUAACCUUGUUGAAUCUCCGCAGCCAUUUGCACUAUAUAAUAUAGCAUUGAAAGACAGAUUUUUAGAAAUUUUUUUCGUUUGUUCUUUUGAUGCUGACAUUGCUUUUUCAGUUCUGUCGCGUGAUAUAUUCCUAUGUCUCUGCAUUGCAACAAUAUUUUAGAAACUUAUUUAGUGAAACUCCUUAAUUGAAAGAUUUGUUAAAUGUACAGUCUAUAAAAUAACGCUUAUUAUUAUAAACUUAGUAAGUCAUUCCCAGUCUCGCUGGAAGCCAAACAGUAUAUCAUAUAUUGAACAAAGUGUUAUAUAAUUAAAUAGCAGUUAUUUUUUUACUGGCCUAUUGUUAAUCUCUGUUGUUAUAUUUUUGGUUGAUAAUGUCUACCACCAAAGUUCAUGCUACUUUUCAGGUGUAUUCUCUUGUAGUACAUUUAUUAAAUAAUACAUAUAAGACUUGCAUGUAUAUCUAAGGGCUGUAAGAACAAUAUUUACUUACUUUACACAGCUUCAGAAAUGAUUACAUGAAAAACAUUUAGGUUGACACCUACAAUUUUUUCACCUUUCCUGUUAACUCAGCUUAAACACUUAGUCAUUUCUGAAAAAGUGUAAUUUAAUACGUGUUUAAUGUUUGAAGUCCAAGUAUACAACGUUUCAAAAAAUAUUAUUGAUGGAAAAUUUUUCAAAUCUAAAUGUUGCAAUUAACAUCUUCUAAGAUUGAUCAAAAAUUUUAAAAAAGUGUAUGCAUGUGAUAAUUAUUUUUACUUUCUAAAUUUUCGGAUAUUAUACGUUAGUGGUUUUUACACAUUUACCUCCCGUUUAAUAUAUUUCUGGUUCACUUGUUUUAAAAAAUUUAAAGAAAAGGUUUUGUUUUAGCGUUAUUUAAGUUUGUGAGUAAACUAGAAGUGAACUAUUGUGAAAUAUUCAGUAUUGUAAAAAUCAAAUCGAAAAAAGUUACAGUGAAGUGUUUGGGAUAUUGUAAAAUAAUAUUUUCUAAUUCCCUUUUUUUCGUAAAAAGAAGGUAACAGAUAGUAGUUAAAUGAAACGGAUAUUAAAAGAAUGUGAAUCAGUACUGCAUUUUUCGUUAAUGAUUAAGUAACGGGUACUUCAACUAAAUUUUAUUAUUUUAAAACACAUUGGUGUGAUGGAGUUUGGAAAAUUCAAUUAGAAAAUUGUUAGCGGUAAGACAAAUAGGGCACAUGAAGGUUCUUUUCCUUUAAUUUUAAUCAUUACACUUUUUGUGGAAAGUAAAGUUUUAUUGUACUUUUCAAAACAAUUUUAGCUUUUAUUUAUGUUUGCUUAAAGAAAAGGUCAAUAGAAGUAGGAAAAACCCAAGGAUAACACAAAAAAGUAUGUCAAUUUCAUCUUAGUAACAGCGAAGUGUUAAAUAUAGUUUAUAAAAAAGAUAGAAAUAAAAUAAAAAGCAGUUAAGUCAACAUGCAUUUUUCAGUGUUCUUUCAUAAAUAUAAAAUUCUUUUUGCUAAUUUCGUAAUCAGUAACGUUCUUUUUUUUCAUUAUUACACCUAAUUCUAUGUACCACAAUUCGUAGGAUUUUUGUCUGUAUUACGUAUUAAAUUUUAUUAGAAAUUGUAAAUGUCAAUUUUAAAAAUCAAAGCGAUGAAUUUUAAAGUGAGACUGAAAACAUAUUUUUGUAUUUUUAUGUAAUAAUAAAAAUUAACGGUAAAUCUGGUUGAACACUGUUAACGAUGCUUUUCAUUUAGAAGAUGAUGUUCUAUGUGAUAAUAUUCAUUUAACAGUUUGAAGUCAAGGCCUCAAAACAUGUACACUUAUAAAACAAUAAAAAAGUCUACGUAU